AAGUUCUGUGCUGGUGUCAAUGGUGAUGAAUCUUACGCAUUCUGCUCUCCAUGGAUCAGUUUUGCCACUCAAACCAACAAAACUUGCUACAAUUUCUGUGUUCAUAACUGUGCUGCUGUCUAUGAUGGUUCCUGCACAACUGAUAAAGACUUCAGAUGCUGCUUGAAAACCACACCAGCUAAAAAACAAGAUAAGCGGUUGCAACAAACUCUACAAUAA